CACAGUAUACAUUGUACAUUGCCUAGGCAUAGUAUGUAACUCCACCACAAUCAUACAUACACACAUACAGCAAAAACGUAAAACAUCCAUCCUCUUGCAUCCAUUAAUUGUUCCUUGCAAGGCAGGACUCGUGCCAACACACGCAUACAUACCUAGGUACUUACACACGUAUGAUACAUACAUACAUCCACAAGACACACAUACAUACACAUAAAACAACACUCAACAACACAAGGCACACCCAAUACCUACCCGUGCUUGAUUCACAAUGUGACGUCGCCGUCCUCUCCCCUUCCCCUCCUUUCACCACCACCACCGUCGUCACCAUCACCAUCACCAUCACCAUUCGCUCGAUCAAUUCCCUCGGACAAACCUCGUUUCGAUUGCCUCCUUCUCCUCCUCUCCCCAACUCAUCCCCUCACCAUCCCCGAUCCCCAAACAAGCAUGUCAUCGAUCUGCUCUCUCCCUCUCUCUCUCCUCUCACGCCAACCCACCCAACUCGGCCGGCCAUAUCCCACAACUCCGUCCGUAGCCAAACACACACCCCUCCACCUGACUUAGCAUUCCCAAACGCACAUUGUCUUCACCAGGCACUUCUUGCAUGAUAAUCCUCACGUUGCUGGAAUAUCAGGAGGCGUUACGUUACGUACGUCUGUAUGUAUGCACGUGUAUACGUAGGUGGGCAUGUUGG